GAUUGACGGUGUGUUUGAAUUUGUCGUCGGACAGCUAAACGGUUGUGGUGAUUUUUGUGUUUGCUCCGAAGCAGUAUUUCUUGCAUUUAUUGACAAAUAACAAAACACAGUUAAAUAUUUAAAUAAAAUACACACACUCGUAUGUGCUUCUGGGCUAAGUGCAGAGUGAAAAGUGAAAGAAUUAUGUAAAUAUUGCAUCGGUCAGCGCGCUGAAGCCAUAAAGAACGUGAAAUCUAACGGGUUCGGUGGAGAAUCAACAAUUACCAUGCUAUUUACUACAUACUAAUCAACCGGCAUCAUAAAUAGUACGCGCAUCAAAACAGAUUUUAGAAAAAAUUGCUUACUAAAUAAGCAACUUCAGUAACAACAACAAACAAACAAACAAAAAUUAAUAAAUUAUGUCAAGGGUUAUUCCAAUGCACAAAAACUAUUGAACCCAGUCAAUUGGAAAAUCAUUCAUAACGUCGCCUUGAAACGCAAAUAAGCAAUAAAAAAUAGAACAAAAAUACCCAAAAACAGUAAUUCACAUUUAUAGUCAUCAUAUACAGUGUUAACAAAAAAUACGCAUACAUAACUAUACUGUGCUUAUUGUAUGCACAAGCCUCAUAUGUAUAUGUUAGUGUAUGUGUGUGUGUGUUUGGGAGCAACGUCAGAACCACAUCUUCAGAGCAACGUAAUAAAUAAUUUCUUAAUUAAAAGAUCGAAUUUCGCUACUUACAAACUCUAAAUAAAUAAAUCCGUGGUGAUGAGCCGCAUUUCGCAUAUUUCUCUACAAUUCAAACCAAAAUCAAAAUGCUGCGUCGAAAUAUUUCGAAUCACAUUCGCCCGUUAUUGAUGCUGUUCGCCGGACUCAUAAUUGGCUUCUCAUUCUCUCAGCAACUGCGCAACAACAAUUGCGCAUUUCGACUGAGCUUGCCCAGUGGUGUCUUUUCAGCGAGAGAAGAUGAGUAUGAAGGUCAUACAAUAUCUCUACUGCCGGCCGGAGCAGAUGAUCUGCUGGCACGUUCUGUCACUGCUACCACAGAUAAUAAUACGCUAGCGGCGCAGCUGUACAAUGAAACGCGUGUGCUUUGCUGGGUGCUAACUAGUCCCGCCAAUCAUGCCAAAAAGGCCGUCCAUGUCAAAAAUACAUGGGGCGCGCGCUGCAAUCGCAUACUAUUCAUGAGCUCGGAGAGUGACAAGGAACUGGGUAGCGUGAAAUUGCCGGUCAAGGAGGGGCGUGGGAAUUUGUGGCACAAAACGAGGGAGGCAAUGAAGUACAUCUACGACCAUCACUUUGACGAAGCUGAUUGGUUCCUGAAGGCUGACGAUGACACUUAUGUCAUUGUGGAGAAUUUACGCGCCUUCUUAUAUCCUUUCGACAGCAAAUCUCCCAUCUAUUUCGGUUGCAAAUUCAAGAAAUUUGUGAGACAAGGCUACAUGUCCGGUGGGGCCGGUUAUGUAUUGAGCAAAGAGGCUGUUAAACGCUUCAUGGAGGAAGCCUAUACAAAUGAGAAAAUCUGUCGCAAGCGUUCCGGUGGUGCUGAGGAUAAAGAAAUGGGCAGUUGCUUGCAGAAUGUUGGCGUGGUGGCUGGUGACUCACGUGAUGAGUACAAACGUGGUCGGUUCUUUCCGUCGGGUCCACAAGGACACAUUAUACCAAAAAAUAAAUCGGCGUGGUACUGGCGUUAUAUAUUUUACAAAACAGAAGAUGGUGUCAACUGUUGUUCAGAUUAUGCAAUAUCUUUUCACUAUGUGCAACCAUCCUAUAUGUACGUGUUGGAUUAUCUUAUAUAUAGCUUGCGUCCUUUCGGAAUUUUCAAACAGAUCGAAGCACUGCCAGCGAAACGAAAUAUGACUGAUUUGUUGGAAAAGUGGCGAAAGGAAGAGUCUGACAAUCCUUUAUAAGUAUGUCUACACAGAUAGUAUAUAUGCGGUUGUAAAUAAUUUUCAAGUAAAUUUCAAAAGUUAGUAAGCAAGAGAGGAAUUUAACAGAUCCGACCUAAAUCUCUCAAAAAUCUGAGAAUAAAUCCGGAAGUAGAGUGAAUAGAACUUGCAGAAAUUUGGAGAUGGAGUUUGUUGACGUACUUACUUACAUAUGUACAUACAUAUGUAUGUUUUUCAUUAUUGUCAUUAUAGUGCCUUAUAUUAUUAUUUAUUUUAUACACCUAGACUGUGGCAAAAUUGAUUAUUGAUUUACACGCUGUCAAGAACGUAUCGGGUAUUCUACAUUUGCCCCUCUCAUCUCCCGCUUAUAUGGAAGACAAGUAAAUUUUUUUUUCUACAUUGGUACAACUGUCCUUAAUUAUGAUGCCAAAAAUUAGUGUGAUCUGUCCACCAGUGUGGUUACAGCAGCUGUUUAUGUCAGUCGACCUCAGUAGUGUUAGUCGAAUUUUACAAAGUUUGUUAGUGUAUUUGUGUUAAAUUAUGGCCAAACACUCAACAAAUAUCAUUGAGCAAGCACCACAUUGACCUGAUUUAGCUCCAUGUGACUUCUAGCUGUUCUUGCAACUCAAAGAACCGCUCCGGGGAAACCGUUUUGAGUUAAUUGAAGACAUCAAAACAAAUUCGACGCGAGAGCUGAGCUCGGCUGACAUAAACAGGUGCUUUAAGCACACUGGUUGACAGAUCGCGCUAAUAUUUUUCAUCAUAAUUAAGAACAGUUGUAAAAACGAGAAAUUUAAAUGAAGGAUUCCCGAUACUUUCUGGAUAGGGUGUAUCUAAGUUAUAGAAAAUAUUUUUAAAUAUUUUAGUCUACAUAUACGAUUAGUUUAAUUAUUGUUAAAAAAUCAACUGUGUGUUUUUAAAUCAUACUGGACAUUAAAUGGUGCCACUGAACUUGUGCUGUGUCGUAAAUUAUAAUCUAUAUAUAAAUGUAUCAAUCUACCUAUAAGUGAUAUAAUGUGAUAAGUUUAAAUGUAAUGUAAAAUAUGUUAUUUAAUUCAAUAUUUUUAAAGAUUCGCAAUUUAGUUUCAAAAUAUUGUU